AUGCCUCAGAUUCCCAAGAUCUCGAAUCCUUAUGUUUGUGGCAUUCUUCUUACAAUGGGUGGUGUAGAUAUGGGUUUUGGCCUUGUGUACACCUCUUUCACCCUUACAGCUAUCUCCAACAAGUUUGAUAUGAAUAAACUUCAGUCAACAUGGUUCACUUGCAUCGGUUUACUUGCAGCUAUGGUUGCAGCCCUCAUCAUUAACCCAUUUGUUAAUCGUUACGGAAAGAGAUGGACUGGUUUCAUAACGGCCAUCUACGGUGUUUUCGCAUGGGUUAUUCUUGGUCUCUCAACUAACAAAGCAAUGGUAUUUGUUUUCAGAGCUCUUUCGGGUAUGACAGUCGGAUUCUAUUCAACUAUCUGCCCAACCUUCAUUGCAGAAGUUGCUCCUGUCGAAAGGAAGUUUUUGUUCGGCUUCAUGAACCAAAUAGGUAUUGCUAUAGGUUUCCUCAUCGUUACUGUGCUAGGUAUUUAUGUUUCAUGGCAAGCCGUUUCAAUCAUUUGCGCAUUUCCAUCAUUCAUUCUCGCCUGCUCAUUCCUCUUUAUCCCUGAGCCAGAAAUCGCAGCAGUUACCGUUUCUUGCUCUCAUCUCUUGAAGUUUAAGAAAGAAUUAUUCAUCGCUUUCUUAUGCAUGUUCUUCUUGCAGUUCUCCGGUAUCAAUGCAGUUAUGUCUAACAUGCAGAUCAUUAUUACCAAUGCAAAGCUUACAAUUUCGACCAGUUUGAUUGGUAUUCUUACAAACGUUAUCCAACUCAUUUCUACGAUUCUUUCAGCUAUUGUUGUCGACAAACUUGGUCACAGAAUCUGUUGGAUUAUUUCAUCCCUUGGUCAGUUGAUUUCUUUCGUUCUUUUGUGCCUUCAUCAAAAAGUUAAUUUGCCAUCAUGGGUAUUUAUGAUUGGUCUCUUCCUAGAACAGCUUACUUAUGGUAUUGGAACAGGUCCAAUUCCUUUCGCUGCAGCUGCAAACCUUUUCAGAGUUGAAUUAUGCGCAAAUGCCAUGGCUGUUUCAACUGCUGAAAAUUGGCUUCUAUCUACCAUUGUAUGCCUCAUUUGGCCUUACUUGGAGUCCGGAUUGACUCUUGGCUACGCUUUCCUUUUCUUCGUCGGAAUUCAGGUCCUCGCCAUCAUCUUUGGUGUAAUUGUUUUCAAGCCAAAGGGAAAGGAGGAAACAAAGGACGACGACGUCUCUUCUUCUUCACAAGAAAAUGAAGAAGCAGAGAAUAUGAGCAGAAGAUUAUCACACGCCAAAGAGAUUCCGGAACUCUAA